AAUUAAUCCAAACUACCCUGGAGCCAGGUAUACAUCAAUAAAUCAAAGAACAGAAACUUAGGUGAUAUCCAAAGCAGCCAGAUGAGCUGGAUGUGUUACCUGGAUCAUCUUACACCUUUACUGAUGGCCAUCCUUAACAUGGCACCUGUUGACAAGCUAUUGUUAGAAUGAAACAUGAAUGAGUAUCUCAGUGUCAUUUAGCCUCACAUACAUGUUAUGAACCCUGUUUCGGAGAGAAAGUGCAAGAUAUUAACCUGUGGUGAUCUGGCAUAUCAUCUUCCUUGAAAAUAACCAUCCCAAACUACUGAGUUGAUGUUUCUCUUCCAACCAUAACAAAAAAAAAUGCAUAUUCACAUUGGCCUUUUAACAGAGUGUACAGUCAAAACAGCCAUGUGCUUACCUAAAGCAUGAAUGUAGUGGUGUAGAUUGCCUUAUAAUAUCAGCAGACCAGCCUUCACCAUGAUAACAAGGGUGAAGUUACAUUUUCAUUCAGAUCAAUAGUAAUAACUGUUCAAUGGGGACAGCAGACAUUAUGUACAGUUUGACAGAAAAAUCAAUAAAGCCAGCAGCUAUGUAAAAAAGGCAGCUACUAUCUAGCAUUGAUGUGUAUACCAUUGCAACAUGAGACUGUUGCUAGCAACACUAUUGGCAACCAAAAGCCAAACCUCCAUGGGUACAACCAUAGAACCAGGAUAGGAAAGUCCACAUGUGUCCUGCAUGCAGCGACGAUAUAUAGCCUGCACCUUGACAGUAGUGAAUACGGCCUGCACCAUGCCAGCAGUGAAUACAGCCUCGACUUGAGAGUAGUGAAUACAGCCUGCACCAUGACAACUGAUGCAUAAGUGAUAUCUGAAACGAGAGACAUGGAGACAGGCGAUGAGGUUGAACCUCCACCUAAGCGUCAAAGGAUGGCCAAAGUGGUGAAGAGGAAACGAAACAAAUAUGCAUUGUUCACAUCCCAGGAUUACAAUACGGAACAUUCCAACUGUUUUCUGCUACAAAGGAUGCCGAAAACAGACUUAUCAAAUUGAAGGAGAUACGCGAAAGGAGAUUAUCUCAGCCUCCGUGUUCUGUUCAUCGAAUGAAAGAGACAUGUCUGCUUAUACCGAACACAAUAGCUGCACACCAUGGAUACCACAGAGAGUGUUACGAACGAUUCACCAUGAAUCUCAACCGCCUCUCCUCACACUCUGAUCCCUCAGGACCAUCAUGUUCUAAAUCAAGCAGAAGAAGUUCAGCAGACCAUGUAUUAUUUACUCCCGACUGCAUAUUCUGCAAUUCAGAAGGAAGGAAGAAGAUCAAGGAAAAAGGAACAUGGACCACUGAGCGACUGAGCCAGUUUGAACAUGAUGGAUGGAUAACUAUACUGGAGAUAGCCGGGGAAAAAAAUGAUGAAAAACUUCUCACAAGGAUUCGAGGGCAAGACUUGUUUGCCUGUGAAGCAAAGUACCACAAGUCAUGUAGGGGUAAAUACACACAGAAUCCUGAUAAAUGGAGGAGUACACAUGAUGAAGACAAAUCAAGGCAACUGAAGCUCACAGAGGCCCAUAAUAUAGCAUUCAGUGCUGUAUGCAAAGUGAUCGAUAUAGAUAUCAUAGAGCAGAAGAACAUGAUGAAACUGACUGAUCUGUGUAAGAUAUAUAUUGAAAGCUUGCAACUAACUGAGUUUCCAAAUCCAAACUACCAUGGUGAGAACCUCAAAGAAAAGCUUGAGAAACACCAGACGUAUAAGGACAGGUUGUCUUUCUGUAUGUUGAACAACACCGGAAACUUUCAAACCUAUAUUGUAUAUUCUUCAGAUAUUGAUGUCAGCAAUGCUGUUAGACGUGCAUAUGAGCUCGCUUCUUCAGAUAUGAUCAAAGAAGUUGGAAGUUAUCUGCACAAGAUUAUUCUUGACAGCUUUGCAAAAGCAAAGGAAUUGAAAUGGCCCCCCAUCUGCUCAGGAUCUUGGAAAUGUUGAUGAUGUUCUGCCACCACAACUCCAGAAAUUCCUCAACUAUGUCCUAACAGAUAAAGGGACCACCCACACACCUAAAUCAUAUCGACUUGUACUUUCGAUAGGACAGGACCUCUGUCGUGCGGCAACAAACGGGGAGUGGAAACUCCCAAAGCAUGUGUUGAUAUGCAUGACACUUCGCCAUCUGUUCAGAAGUGAGCGAUUGAUAACACUGCUCAACCGAAUGGGCCAUUGUGAGAACUACUCAUUUUCACUGGAAUUAGAAACAGCGCUGGCUCAGGCCAUUGCGCAAACAUCAACUCUAUUGUCAACUCAGAUUAUUCGGUCACCUACUGCACCAGCAGUUUUUCAUUCUGAAAUUGAUAACUUCGACCAAUUACUGAACAACCUCACCGGAAUGGACUCAAUUCAUACUGCCCAUGGUAUCAUGCUGCAGGAUAUAGAAGGCAAAUCAGAGGAUCAUGGUGGUAUUCACAUAGACAUUCCAUCAAUUCUGAAGGACAGCACAACAAAGCAACGGUCAUUAAACCUCGAUCCAGCUGACAAUCUCCCAGAAUGCUAUGUCACCCAGCGUAGAAGUCCACAGAUAAUCAUCAAACAGCUGACAUAUCCUGGUGGCGAAGACACGUACAAUGCAGCUAACAUGCGACACAUAUUGUGGAUGCUGAUAAGGAUGAAGAGCAGUUUAUCACACCAGACUGUUCCCGGAUGGACAGGCUUUGUGUCUCUAACUGGAACAACUCCUGAGAAUUUGACAACAAUAGACUACUAUCCCGUUAUUGGUUGUCCAAUCACAGAAUACAAAACUGUGCAGGAGUGUCUACGCUAUGCUGAAAAUGCCACCAAUGAAGUUGAUCAGGAAUACAUCAUCACCACAUUCGACUUAGGUGUAUGUAUGAAAGCAUACCCACUCGUCUGGAACAAUCAAACCAAAUAUGAGAAGCACAUAAUCCUGAUUGGAACCUUCCAUCUAGUUUGCGCAUACAUGAAGAUGAUAGGAAAGAAAAUGAAUGGGUCAGGCCUCUCUGACAUAUUGCUGGAAUCUGGCUUGAUUGCGUCGGGUUCCAUCACAGGUGUUCUUUCGGGGAAACACUAUGAGAGAGCAAUGCACUGCCACAAGGUCUUGUUGGAAUGCCUUGAGAGACUUCCGAUGACUCAGUAUGUAGCAAGUCAGGGUCAAACUGAAGCACUGUCUUCGUUAUCUGAGCAAUCUAAGCAACUUCUAGUUCUAGUGAACUACAUCAAAGGGUUUCAGCAAUAUCGUGAUGACAUUAGAGCAGGACUUCGUGGAGAGACUGCUCAAAUGUGGCUAUCAUACAUGGAUCAUGUAUGGCUUGUACUAUCACUGAUACAUUCAGUGAAGCACAAUGAUUUUCUCCUCUAUGGACAUUGUCUUCAUCUCAUGGCCGACCUAUUUUUUAGCUUUGGCGGACAAAAUUAUGCGAGGUACCUCACAUAUUUUUCGACAUUCAUAGCCAACAUCGAGACAUCUCAUCCAGGAGCUACAGACUUGAUGAAGAGAGGUGCUAUUAGCGUAGCCCGAUCAUUCAUUCCUGGCAACAGAUGUGCAGUCGACAAGACAAUGGAAGAGACUUUCAUGCGACAUGCCAAGUCUCAUGGGGGUGCUGGUGCUGGUGAAUCAGGAGUGUUGACUAACCAUGAUGCUUACCAACGCUGGGUUAGAACCACUCACGCCAGAUCACAGUAUGUCAAUGCCACACUCAAUAUGGCUGAUAUGUUGUCAGACCGCAUUGGGGAAUCCAAACAUCAUGAUGUCCGUCCUGCUGAGGUUCUUAAAAGUGAAAAACUAGUAAAGCGGACACAAGAAGCUGUGGAAAGUUUUUUAAACCCAUUCACAGUAGACAAGAAACAUCAGUUGUUGAUACUUCCAUCAGGACAAGCAGCAUCCGAGGAUGUGAAAGUAGAUGUCCUCAGAGCAGAAGUGGCAGGUAGAGAAGCAAAGAAUGCCUUCAUUGAAACCCAUUUGAAAACAGGCAAAGAUUUCUUUGAACCAGUGAGCGUUUGAAU